CUACAUGUCGAGUAUAUAGUGUAUACUCUAUCACUCCUUAUUCUAUGGCUGUAAUCGACGCAUGUGGUGGUGUGCGAGCGAGUACGAAACUCCUUCGGAAAGCCUGUAAAGGAGUUUCCUCCACGUUUUUGGUUUUGACAGGCAGACAGAUAUCUUAUCAUCAUGCCACCAAAAAAGUCAAUGGAGGAAACGGAUCGUUUGACUCGCAUAGCUAUUGUCAACUCUGAUAAAUGUAAACCAAAACGGUGUAGACAAGAAUGUAAAAGAUCUUGUCCAGUAGUCCGAAUGGGAAAACUUUGUAUAGAAGUUACUCCAAAUAGUAAAAUAGCUUCUAUUUCAGAAGAAUUAUGUAUUGGAUGUGGUAUCUGUGUCAAGAAAUGUCCAUUUGAGGCAAUAUCUAUCAUUAACCUUCCUAGUAAUUUAGAAAAAGAAACUACUCAUCGUUAUUCAAAAAAUUCAUUUAAACUACAUAGACUACCUAUUCCACGUCCUGGUGAAGUAUUAGGUUUGGUUGGAACCAAUGGGAUUGGUAAAUCAACUGCUCUGAAAAUUUUAGCAGGCAAACAAAAGCCAAAUCUGGGGCGAUAUACUGAUCCACCAGAUUGGACAGAGAUUUUAAGUCAUUUUAGGGGUAGCGAGUUACAAAAUUAUUUUACUAAAAUAUUGGAAGAUGACUUGAAGGCUCUUAUUAAACCUCAGUAUGUAGAUCAAAUUCCUAAAGCAGUAAAAGGCACUGUGCAACAACUCCUAGAUAAAAAGGACGAAUGCAAGAAUCAAUUGGACAUUUGCAAAAUGCUGGAUUUAAUGCAUAUACGCGAUAGAGGCAUUGAUGCGCUUUCUGGUGGAGAGCUUCAACGAUUUGCCUGUGCUAUGGUAUGCAUCCAAAAUGGAGAUAUUUUUAUGUUCGACGAGCCCUCUUCAUAUUUAGAUGUUAAGCAGCGUCUUAAUGCAGCUGUAACGAUUCGAUCUCUUAUUCACCCUGACAAGUUUAUAAUAGUAGUGGAACAUGACUUAUCAGUUUUGGAUUAUUUAUCUGACUUCAUAUGUUGCCUUUACGGUGUUCCUGGAGCUUAUGGUGUAGUUACUAUGCCCUUUUCCGUGAGAGAAGGCAUAAACAUUUUCCUCGAUGGAUUUGUGCCAACGGAGAAUUUGAGAUUCCGCGAGGAAUCCCUUGUUUUCAAAGUAGCUGAAAGUGCAACCGAAGAAGAAGUGAAACGCAUGAAUCACUACGAAUAUCCUGCAAUGACGAAGACAAUGGGCUCGUUUAGCUUGAUCGUUGAAAAAGGUCAAUUCACGGAUUCGGAAAUUCUCGUGCUACUUGGUGAAAACGGAACUGGAAAAACAACGUUUAUCAGAAUGUUGGCUGGUAAUUUGCCACCUGAUGAUGGCUCUGGAAACAUACCCCAACUACAUAUCAGUUAUAAACCACAAAAGAUUAGCCCUAAAUCUCAAGGUAUCGUCCGGCAAUUGUUACACGAAAAAAUCAGGGAUGCUUACGUUCAUCCUCAAUUCGUGACGGAUGUUAUGAAACCAUUGAAGAUAGACGAUAUUAUGGACCAAGAAGUGCAGAACCUUUCUGGAGGAGAAUUACAACGAGUGGCUUUGGCUUUGUGUCUUGGAAAACCUGCCGAUGUUUAUUUGAUCGAUGAGCCUUCUGCGUAUUUGGAUUCUGAGCAACGUUUAGUCGCGGCUAAAGUAAUAAAACGGUUCAUAUUGCAUGCAAAGAAAACAGGAUUCGUAGUAGAGCACGAUUUCAUCAUGGCUACAUAUUUGGCUGACCGUGUAAUAGUAUUCUCUGGUGUACCAUCCUUGUCAACUACAGCCCACAGUCCGCAAUCUUUGCUAAACGGGAUGAACAGAUUCUUAGAACUCCUAGGCAUAACUUUCAGAAGAGAUCCGAACAACUUCAGACCGAGAAUUAAUAAGAGUCAAUCUGUAAAGGACUUGGACCAAAAGAGAGCAGGACAAUACUUCUUCCUUGAGGAGUGAGAUGCGAUCUCAUUUUGAUGAGUUGAAUAGCAGCUUAUGUGAAAUACUGUUAAGAUGUUUUUGUAAAUCUUUAUAUGUUUAAAAACCGGGAAUGGAUUUCUUACAAUAUAUUAAACGCUAGUGACGCAUAUUUUGCGUUAAAUCGAAAUACUAUUGGUUUCGUCACAAAAGUUCUGCUUAUAGGAUAUUUAUUUUAGUAAAUAUACAAAGCGAAUAUCCCAAAAUAGAUGACAAAAAUUUAAUUCAAAGAGAAAUGCAAUCGUACUUUUAUACGACGUACUGCUGCCACAAAUUUAUUUAUAUCGAUCAAAAUGCGUCACAAAUCACAAUUCGAAUCUGACACAAACGAUACAAUGCAUUUUUUGUAUGAACAGUAAUUUAUGCCUGAUUAUGUGUAACAAAUAAAAGGAAAUUAAAUAUUUCAGUAUAUUUACAUGUACAUCUGCUAUGCAACGUGAAUUAUAAUACAAGUGAAAUUUAAAGGAAAAAUGGAUUAGUCAUUUGAUAAACCUUACAAUUAAAUAAUUUUAUGAUUUUUAUAUAUGCUGCAGUGCAAUAAAGAAUUUAUAAUUGUGAAGAAACUGAUAUUAAUGUAUUUACAUAUGAGAAUACAUCAUGAUGAUUUUUAAAUAAAAAAACUAUUGCAAUCAUUUUCUA